AUGCCCAUCAUCCAAACUGGUAGCAGAAUUCAAUACGUCUACUUCAUCUUUGCGCUCAUCUUGAGCUGCUCCUCCUAUUUGACCAGUGCCUUUUCUGCCAACACGGGACUAUCCAAGCAACAAGUGAUUAGCAUCUUGAAUGAUGUUCCGGUAUACGCCGUAACCCAAUCCAAUAAGGAAGGUAUGAUUCUGCUCGAUGAAGAGGGCACCAAGAAUCAAAUUGCCUACUUUUUCUUCAAUCCCGAGACGGCCAAUGCAGUCUUUGGCCCUUUGCGACAAAAAGAAGGCGUCGAUGCUGCUGCUUGGGAUGUCACCCAGUUUCAGCUCGGCCUUGUUUGGUUUGAACUCGUCAAAGGCGACGCUACCAAGAACAUUGACUACCGAUUCGUUCCAGAUUAUAAGGAGCUUCAAGCCGCCCGAAAAAUUCUAGACCCCAAGGGUGUGGACCCCUCCUUGUUUUCCGCAUCUUAUGACAAAGUGCCAAUCUUUGUCGAUCAAUCCCUUCGUGUCACUGGCCGAGAUGGCCAAAAGAAGUUUCCCAUGUACUUUUCAUUGCAAGAUUUGUUAGAAUCUUGUCAGCAAGCCAACAAGGAAUACAAGCCAGAAGUUAAUGUAGCGGACUUUUGCACGUUGGUGGAACAAAUGCAAGCGGACGACGCCGAAAAUGAUUUCAAAAAUGUUGCCUUGGUGCCACCUACCAUCAUGCUAGUCAAGGGUGACGAUAGUAUAAUAGAGGCGAACUUUCCAGCAGACGAUGGUAUCCUUGAGACUCCUACUGCAGAGGACAAUUGGGAUUGA